UUCUUACCUGUAAAAUGGGUGUUUCUUAUCAUUCACCCCCACGACUGUAUUGAGUGGACAGCGUCCAGGGAGUCAACGUCAGUUCCCUCUCCCUUCCCCAUUUGGCUGUCCAGCAACCCAGACACGAGAGGGGCAGUGACCAGCCCAGGGUGUUACGGCCAACUGCAGCCCAAUCAGGGCUCUCACCACACCCUGGGUAGGAUUCCCCCACCCCCGGGCGGGAGCCAGGUGCACUUCGGCCGGCCACAAGUAGCCCGCACGGGCCAGCGCCCGCGGGCCCGGGGGAGAUGAGCCUGACCUCGGCGCCCGACUCACGGCCGAGCGGCCGGGCCGCGCCCCUCGCGGGCCGGCGGACGGAAUCUCCGGUCGUGGAGCUGAACGUGGGGGGUGAGUUCUAUACCACCACCUUGGGCACCCUGAGGAAAUUCCCAGGCUCAAAGCUGGCAGAGAUGUUCUCCAGCCCCGCCAAGGCCUGCCUGGAUGCCGAGGGACGCUUCUUCAUCGAUCGCUGCGGCACCUACUUUGGACCCAUCCUGGAAUAUCUGCGCAGUGGGCAGCUGCCCACCCAGCACAUCCCGGAGGUGUACCGUGAGGCUCAGCACUACGAGAUCAAGCCCUUGAUCAAACACCUGGAGGACACGCCACAGAUCUUCGGUGAGCAGGUGGCGCGGAAGCAGUUCUUGCUGCAGGUGCCAGGCUACAGCGAGAACCUGGAGCUCAUGGUGCGCCUGGCGCGGGCCGAGGCCGUGGCGGCGCGCUGCUCCCGAGUCCUGGUGUGCCUGGUACGGAACGAAAAGGAGGAUGCAAACUGCGCAGACGCUCUGCGCUCCCUGGAGGCGAACAAAAGGUCAGUGGUCAAAUUUGGGCCUUGGAAGGCAGCCCUGGAUAUCAGUGACCUCCUGGACUGCCUGAACAUGGACAUUAAGGCUCGAGGGUACCAGGUAUGCUAUUCACACAACAGUCCGUUACCAGCCAAGGUCUCCGACUACUUCUAUACGUUCAGCUUCAGCUGGUGGUGAUCCCCAGGGGCCGGGGCUCUAUGUUAUGGGCUGUGGUAGGAAGUAUGAAAUUAAAAGUUGCCUUAAAGAGCCAUCUUUCUUUAAAAAAAAACAAAACAAACCAAAACACAAC